UCAACUGCCAUUUGAUUGUGCACGACGUUUCUCGAAUAUUGCGAUUUGCAAGUUAAAUAGCUGAGCCUAGCGAAUUUCUUAUGAUAAUCCUUUAGCGUUAAGAAAAUUUUUUCAAGACAAAAAAAAUAGUUUAUCGGGAAGUGGCGUUAGUGUGUUCUGUGUCCUUAUUCUGUAAAAAUAUCUUAACAUCAGGUCAGGUCUGAAUUGAUCGAAAAUCUUGGUUCCAUAAAACCUCGUGUACGUUUAGGUUUUAAUCAUGGCUAAAUGGGGAGAAGGCGACCCUCGAUGGAUAGUAGAGGAGCGUCCGGACGCUACAAAUGUAAAUAACUGGCAUUGGACGGAAAAGAACGCUGGACCAUGGUCACAGGAGCGUCUGAAAGAAUUGUUGAACAAUUUAAAAAUAGAACAAAAUGGUAUCGACUGUAAAGUCACAGAGGUUGAAAGUAUAGUUGGCGAAGCUACUGCGAACAAUAGGAAAGGAAAGCUCAUAUUUUUCUAUGAGUGGGACAUUAAGCUGAAAUGGGAGGGAUUGCUGGCUGGUGGUACGGACAAGAUUAAGGGGGAGGUGAACAUCCCGAACCUGUCAGAGGAGAAUGACGUCAGUGAGGUUGAUAUGACUGUAACCAUCAAAGGCAGUGGUGAUGAAGCACAGAGAGUAAAAGCAUUCAUGCACAAUGUAGGAAAAGCGGUGAUCCGAAAACAACUUGAAGAAUACAUUAGAAGCUUAAAAGAGGAAUUUCCUAAAGGUCUGAUCCUGCCCAAGAAAGGAGAGGAAACUGCAAAACCGGACAAUGUUAAAACCAUAACAAGUGGUUUCAACAAAAAAAUUAAUAUGGAACCUGUAGUAAAUACCCAGCAGAAGCAGAUUGGUUGUAAACUAGAUACAAAAAAUAUAGAAUUGACAGAAACCUUCCAGUGUAGAGCACAGGAGUUUUAUGAUGCUAUGACUCGAAUAGAAAUGGUGACUGCUUUCACUCAAGGUCAUGUAAAAAUGGAUGCAGAAAAAGGGGGAAAGUUUUGGCUCUUUGGCGGCAAUGUGACAGGGGAGUUCCGUGAAUUGGUUCCGGGGAAAAAGAUAGUGCAGUACUGGAGAUAUAAGCAGUGGCCAGAUCAGCACUUCUCGGAGGUCACCUUUACUAUUGAUGAAAAGGAAGACCACACGCUAGUAACACUGAAACAAAACCUGGUUCCAACUGCGGAGGUCGACCAGACAUUGCAGAACUGGAAACGCUACUACUUUGACAGCAUUAAGAGGGCCUUUGGCUUUGGUGCUUUCCUGUGAUUACGAGAUGCCUUAGAAUAAUUAGGUUCAAUUAAACCAGCGUUAUAAGAAUAAUGAAAUCGAUUUCGCCCCGCAUCUGCGAUCGCUCGGAGCUAUGAUGAUUUGUACCGCAAAGUACGCGUCAUGAAAUAAAGUUAUACAAAAAAGUGUAUAUUGAGUAUGAAAUUCCUAGUAACCUUCGGGCUCUCUUUCAGAGGACCAAAUUCGAUCUCCAGGAAGCACUUUUCAGUGUUGUGUGCAUUUUAAAUUGAAGCAUUGAAAUAUAACCCCCUAUGAUAAAGGGAAACAUCGUGAGGAAAAAUGCAUGCCUGAGAGUUCUCCAUAAUGUUCUCUCUCUCUCUCUUUACGUCGUGUUCCUCAUUGCUGAGGGUCGUGACCCCUUCAACUUACAACCUUUUGGACGAUUUUGUGCCAUUUGACUCGGCUUUUAGCAAAGUUUAAGGCAAUAUGCACUUUUGUGUCUAGAGCAGUGCGGAUUUGAUCCGACAAACGAAUCGGGCUACGUCCUCGAGGUCUCUUUCUUUCCACUUUGCCAGUGACCACUAUCUUUUCAAGAUUGUCUCCAUCUCUUCUGGUAAUGUGACCGAAGUACUCGAGAAUCCUCUUAAGACAGGUGGUUUUUAGCCUUCUUGUAAUUUUAAGCUGUCUCAAUAUCGAUGCAUUGUGUGCCGUUCACGGGAUUCGCAGCAUUCUCCACCAGCACCACAUCUCAAAAGCGUCUAUACGUUGUCUAUCAGCUGCUUUAAUGGUCCAUGUCUCAGCUGCAUACGUAAAUAUAGGAAAAAUAAGUGCGCAGACCAGACGCACAAUGUUCUCAAGGCGAGUUUAACUAAUUUGAAAUUCUCAUUCUAAGAGGAGACAUGUGACCUGUAGUGGUCCGAUUAUGUUUUGAUAAUGAUGAUACUGCGGUCACUUUGAUGGACGCCAUUUUGGCGCUGUACGUUGUGAGGCUGUAAUGCGAGUGUCCAAGGAACUAGAAUAAGAAUACUUAUAUUAAAUUCAAAUUCAAAUUAAAAACUUCUUUAUUCACGUA